AAGAAUAUUCACUUUUGUGAACUCAACAUGGUUGAUAGUGUUUACCGCACUCGUUCGCUAGGAAUUGGUGUUUCUGGUAUUCCCGAUCAGUACGCCGAUGGCAAAGCAGCGAGAGUUUGGCAACACUACAUUGGCGGACACAAGAAAAGAACGGACUCGUACAGAGAAUUCUUUUGUAACCUCUUAAGAGAAAACGACGUCAAACAUAUCCUGGAUGUCGCUUGUGGCACAGGAGUGGAUUCCAUCAUGCUACUUGAAAACAACUUUAAGGUGACAAGCACAGAUGCUAGUGAUAAAAUGUUAAAACAGGCAUGGAAAAUACGCUGGCAGCGUCGUAAGGAGGAAGCCUUUGAUGAUUGGGUAAUUGAAGAGGGUAACUGGCUGGCAUUGCAUGAUGCUGCUAUUGACGUCCCUCCACAGGGUUUUGAUGCAGUCAUCUGUCUUGGCAAUUCUUUUGCUCAUUUGCCUGAUUUCCAGGGAGACCUAUCCAACCAGAAGCUGGCAAUUCAGAACUUUAAAGAAAUGCUGAAGCCUGGCGGGGUCCUGUUUAUUGAUCAUCGCAAUUAUGAUGCCAUUCUUGAUAGUGGCAAGGCCCCACAGCGCAAUUUGUAUUACAAUAGUGAUUGUAUAGAAAGCAUCAAGACCUCAGUGCUGUACGUGGAUGGUAAAGAAAGCAUGAUAACACUGGACUACACAGUGGACCCAUCCAAGGCUUCAGAUGAUUUCACAGAAGAGGGAGAAGAGCCAGCGGCAAAAAAGAGGAAGUCAUCUGAAAGCUCAGAUGUCAGCAAGUUUCGUCUGUCAUACUGUCCUUUACGCCUCAGCACCUUUAGUAACCUCCUCAAGGGCAUUUUUGGCGAAGAUGCAAGACAUCAAGUGUUUGGUGACUUUGAACCUCUUGGGCAGGUUGAGCUACCAGCAUAUUAUGUUCACAUGAUUUGGAAACCAACCAAUGAGAAUACAAAUGGUUUGGAAGAAGAGUGAAGCAUCAUCCUUUCAAUUCCAAGCUUAGAAUGCUAAUUCUCCCCUUCAUAUGUACAGUACAUUUGUUUUGUAGAGGUUCUUUUAGAAACAUAACACACUGUCAAAAUAAUAGACAUAAGUUGAGCCUUUUUUUAAAUUUGGUUGUUAUUCAAUGUAGUUUCUAUGAUUUUAUCUUUUGAAGACGUCUUAGAAACUGAGUAUCAUAAAAGUUUGUUUUUGCCA